GUUCAAAUCUGCUAAGGACUACAACAGGAGACAGAAGCCAAGAAAGAUGCCUUGGGUGUUCCUGUGGCAAACCAGUUCAAGCGAAAUGAAAGAAAAAAGCCAGGAGGUUGGAGAAGGCAAGGAUCACAAAAAAAAGAGCAAGGCUUUGGGUGUGGAACUGAAGAACUACUUUUUGUCUAUUGUGCCACACAUAGAAUCACCUGACAUCAAAUAUUCCACCUCCAAAGAUGUAAUGCUUCCUGCAGAAGAGGUUACAAAGUGGUCACAGUCCUUAGAAAAGCUUCUGGCAACCCAGUGUGGUCAAGAUGCUUUUAGAGAAUUUCUAAAAUCCGAGUUCAGUGAUGAAAACAUUGAGUUUUGGCUAGCUUGUGAAGACUACAAGAAAACCCAAGCUGAUUGUUUACAGGGCAAAGCAGAGAAGAUUUACAAGGAGUUUGUUCAGAAUGAUGCUACAAAGCAAGUCAACAUUGACUUUUACACAAGAAAAGACAUCGCCAAGAAGGCUCAAGAUCCAACGCCUUCAAGCUUCGAUGAGGCCCAGAGGCAUGUGUACAUACUGAUGGAGCGAGACUCCUACCCUCGAUUCCUCAAGUCCACAUUCUAUCGCAACCUGCUAGAUAAGGUUGACUGCAACAGUCUCAAGUGAGGCUCAACCUGGCAAGAGUCAAGGAUGGGCUCUGAAUCUUGUCUGAUGUUGACAUCAGUUUUAAGAGUGGCUGGAUGCCAGCGCACAAGAUGGAACAGGGGACCAAAGGAGAUGUUGGAACUGUCACAAACAUGGACUGGUUUGCAUGUGCGAUGAAGGUGCCUGGAUGGUUCUCUCUGAGAUGAAGUGGUUGAAAAGAAGAGAAGCCAUUUUGCCUUGGCACCACUGGACUAAAGACCGCUUCCUGUGUUAGAAUUUUCUCCUUCGGGAAUGGCACUGCAAGUGAGCCUUGGUGCAGAUGUCAUUAUCGUUAGAAUUCUUGCUCCAUGAUUGCAGUCAUGGGAUUUUUGUCUAUCACAUGGCGGUAUAAGGGAAGGACGUGUGUUUCCAUUCCUGCUCUUACAUAAAUAGGCCAAGCUCACACAAUUCUCAUUACUUAACAGUGAUCACUUGCAGCUAGAUGACUGACUCCCCUGAAAGGCAUUGCCAGUGCAGCAUUGCGAGUUGAUAUGAAAAGCUUCUCUCUUUCUCCCUCAUAGUCCAUGCACACCCAUGCAAAUAACUCUUUGAUGCUUUAUUUGUGUGUGCACAAAGGAACCAACAGCCCCAGGCAUAGACUUCAGCAUGUGGCAGAAUUGGGUGCUAUCCUGGCCAUCUGCACUGAAAACAGGAAUCUGAGAGCAGCCUAAGAUAAGCCUGUCUAGUGUAUCUGCACAAGCAUUUCAGUUUGUGAUUUUGAACAAUAUCCCCUCCUCUUCCCCAGAGCUAUUCUGGGAUUCCCCUGACACCCCCAGAGCCAUUUUUUGGGGAGGUGAAGGAGGAGAAAGGGCUCCACUGCUCAGGUAGAAGUCCUUUGGUGAAUCCUAUCAAAAAUGUUUUGGAAAACCUUUGCAAAACCUUAAUUGCCA